AUGGAACCGGAGCUUUUCGAUGCUCCUAUCAGUGUCUCAGAUUCAAGGCUAAAUUGGGGAUUCGUUGAAUCAGAGACAAAAAAUGGAACCGGAGUUUUCUAUGUUCCUACAAGUGUCUCAGAUUCAAGGCUAAGUUUGAAUUGUGAUUGCAGACGAAGAAGAAUCAAUGAAGUUACAAUUAUGGAUUUGCCGGCUGCGAUUAUGGUGGAAAUUCUCACAAAAUUGCCAAUCAAUAUGAUUUUCCGAUGUAAGUUUGUUUGCAAAAGUUGGUAUAAGCUCAUAACUUCUGAUCCUUUAUUUGUCAACAUGUAUGACGCUAGACCGCGUAAAUUUCCUUGCAUUUUGCUUUCGAAAAACUAUACUGUCUGCUAUCUGCUUGAACUUGGAGCAGAUUAUGACUAUACUUCUCAAAGAAUAAACAGACCUAUUAUCUUGGACCGUAAUUUACACCUUCCUCAUCCCGUUGAUUUGGUUUCUGAGGAUAAAGCAAACUUGACAUUAAUUGGUUCUUGUAAUGGAUUCAUUUGUUUGUUGAAUGGUGAAACGCAUGUGGUAAAUCAUUCGGUUUGCAUUAGCAACCCUCUUUUGGGUGAGUAUUUCAAGGUUAAAUUGCCUGAAUGGGAGAAACUAAUUCGUCAUAUUCAUUAUGGAUUUUGCUUUAGUGAGGCCUCUGGACAGUAUAAAGUACUGAGAUUAGUAACUAGGAAGUUUCGGGGUCGUCCAGACGUAACUGAAUUGGAGGUUUAUACUCUUGGAGUUGACGAGAGAAAUUGGAGGAAUGUGGGCAAAGCUCCAAAACCUGUACGGGGAAAGCUUAGCAAUGCUACUGUCAAUGGUACUACUCAUUGGCUGGAUGGUGAAAACUUUCAAAAUAGGGCCAGUAUUUACUCCUUUAAUAUUGCGACAGAAGAAGUGAAGUCUCUGACAGCUCCAUCUGGUUUAAAAUCUCCAUCCUUGCACUUGAUGCUAGCAGAGUUGGGGAAUUGUCUAUGUUUGUCUGAUAAUAGCUCUUUUCAUUAUAUGGAUAUAUGGUGGAUGAAAGAGUAUGAGAUAGCUGAAUCUUGGACUAGAGAUCUCAUUUUAGUUGUUCUGCCUGGUUUCCAUGGUCACAGAUUUAUGCCAAUCAUAAUUUGGAAAGAUGGGGAAAUCUUGAUGCAAAGCGAACUUGAUCUGCAACUAGUUUCUUUCAACCCAAAAGAGCAGAUAUUUAGGAACGUGGUCAAUGUGUAUGGUAGUGGCACUGAAGCGACUAGAUACAUUCCAAGCUUUUUACUCGCUCAAGACUGUCAUGGGGGACAACUUUCAAAUCUCAAAUGCUUAUCGGAGGACUUAGAUAGUUUAGAGUAUUUCUUUUGUCUUACUCCAUCCGGGAUAUGA